ACAUGGCGGAACCCGCGCGCCCGGGCCCGUCGACACCGGACAGGGACGGAGCGGCGCCCAACGCGGUGGCGAGACUCUCGCAGUGGGCAGACGACCACCUGCGCCUGGUCCAGAACAUCAGCACUGGAAUGGCCAUAGUUGGAAUAACGUUAUUUGUAAGAAGUGUUCGACUGACAUCAAAAUUCACAAGCUCUUCAGAUAUCCCAGUAGAAUUUAUAAAAAGGAAUGUUAAACUCCGUGGACGUUUACACCGCAUAACUGACAAUGGUUUAGAAGUAGAACACAUUCCUAUUACUUUACCCAUUAUAUCUUCGUGGAGAAAAGAGCCAUGUGGUGUUUUGCUGGUUAAACUGGCUGGAGUAGAGCUCACUGAAACAGGGAAGGUCUGGUUACAAAAAGAGCUGAGACCUUCCCAACAUUUGUGGUUCCAGCUUCUUGGGAAAGAGAAUUCAGCCCUCUUUUGCUACCUUUUAGUGAACAGGGGUGGAUAUUUUAGUGUGAAUCUGAAUGAAGAAAUUUUGAGAAGAGGCCUGGGCAAAACUGUUCUUGUUAAAGGUCUAAAUCAUGAUUUUAAAACCCAUUGGAAAAUUCACAGAAACUUACUUAAAGCUGAGUUAACAGCCGUUAAAAAAGGAGAAGGAAUAUGGAAGGAAGAAUCUGCAAGAGAAAUUUAUUUAGAAAAAUUCAAACACUCCUGGAGAGAAAUAUGGAAAAAAGACAGUUAUUUAAAAACAAGUGCGUUAGACUUCAGCAUGAAAACAGAAAGUUAUUAUGAGAAAUUCAGAAGGACUUAUGAAACAUGGAAAGACAACGUGAGUAACCACUCCUUAAUACUGAAAUUCAGAGAAUUUAUGAGUCGCUUACACUUUCGUAGAAAAGAAUGAAAUACCCAAAAGUUCUAGAGGUGACCUACUCUGAAGAAUAAAAUAUGUAAAUAUAUGUGAGACAAAAGAAAGGCCUUUGGAAACUUCCAUUGUGACCUCCUUUGUGACCUUAAAGAGUGGAAAGAAGGACCAAUGGUGUGAGAAUCAGGAGCAACCAAUCAGAACAUUGCAGGCACAGACAACCAAAAUGCUGCUUUCUGCACGCCUAAUUAGCAUAGCGAUUGAGCAACACUUUGGAGAAAACAGAAAAAACCUGAGACUGUUAUUUCUCUGGCACUCUCCCUUGGAAACACUGCCCACAGGCACCUCUGGGGGCUCUGCUCUCCCACUUUACACUUUUCUACCUCAAUAAACUUCUUUAUUCACCACUGUUUUCUGUGAAGCUCAUUCUUCUGCCUUGUGAGGCAAGAAGUGGGAACUCCCA